UAUAAACACUUUGGAGGUUGUGAUGUGCACUGAACUUGUGGUUGUGUUUUGUUUACUUUUGCGGUACGUUUCGAGCUGGGGUUUUGGAUUGACGAUAUAUAAACACGAAAUUAUAAAUGUCAUGAAAAAAUAAGCUUUCAAGAAUGGGAUAUAGAACAUACAUUUAACGAAUUCCCUUCUCGGUAUGACUAAAUUUCGCAAUUAAGUGAUAUUUGGACUAAAUAUUGGUCUUCUCUUUACUCCCAAUGUACAAUAAGUUUCACAUGUGUGUGAGGUACCGGUAGUGUUUGUGAUCAAUAGCUACAAUUAGAAGAGGACAUUAUGGAUCUUCUGUAUACAGUUUCAAGAAAGCCGAAUUGCAAUCCAUCCAAAUCAGGACCAGACUACGAUGUCUUACAUGAUGGACGCACAUUGUGUUGCAUAUCAAGCCAAAGCAUCGUUGCAUUCUCUGCAAUUACAGAACUUGAAGACUGUUGGGGCAAAAGCUGGGGUUCACAUGUUUACAUAGCAGACCUGAAUGUGCCAUGGCAUUGUCACAAGGUUAUUUCUAACAAGGCUAUAGUGACAGCAUUAGAAUGGGAUGUUCCUGGUGAUAAGUUGCUGAUUGCAGAUGUAGAUGGGAAUGUUCAGUUAUGGACUUUUAAAGACCAUUUAUUAAAUGAGUGGGUUUGCCUUGGUACUGUAUCCUUUCCUGGUGAACACAUUCUUUCAGCAUUAUUCUUUCAUAAUGGGAAAAAGACUAAUUUGGUCCCUGACAUGAAGGAUGCCAUGCAGUACACUGAGAAAUUUAAAAGCUUGCCAUUGACACCGUCUGUCAGAGGUUUUGGUGGGAGUCCAAUUGAUGGAUGUGUUGUUGUCACAGCAACAGGGAUGAUUGGAGCUAUAAUAUGUGUACAAGAAGGUCAGAGCGUACCUCUUUUGCUGCACACCAGUGAAAGCCUUUCCUCGACUCGGAGCAGGAUCACAGCAGCUGACAUAUGUUUUGGGAAAAAUGGGAAUUUCAUGGUUGCAUUGAGCAGUGGCCGAGUCAGUCUGCCGGUGCACUGUGUACGUGUUACUGUGAAACUUGUGGAUGAGAAGUGUGUUUUGAACACUCAAGCAUUACCAAGUUUCUUUCCACAUUCUGGCCCCAUUAAUGACAUCCAAUAUCGUCAUGUUUCACAGCUGAAAUUCGCUGCUCGUGAUGAUGCAGAUUGUUUAAUAAUUGCUACAAAUGGUGAUUCUGGCUGCGUUAUUGAACUAUGGGAACUACGUGAGAAACCAGUGCCAAUACAUAAAACAUUCCAGCCCAAGAAUCAUAACAACCAAUCUGAGCCAUAUAAGACUAUGGUUUGGCAGCACCAGUGCCAUUACGUAGCCCAGUGCCCAGUUGUAUGUGUGACAACAUCAAAGUUGUCACUUGUAUCUGCCGUCCCACCAGUAGGUUACAUUACGGUGGCACUGAGUGAUGGAUCAAUACAUUGUCUGUUCCGAGAUACUCUGAAACAAGCUGCACAAACAUCACAGAAUGUUAUAGCAAGGAAUGAUGAUACACCAAGCACAAAGCAACAGAAAUUACACAUUAGAAUUUCACAUGCAGAUAUGAGUUGCAUUGGACUUGUUCUUGCUGCUGUUGAUGCUCAGGGGCAUCUGUACGUGUACCGACUCUCGCCAUUCUCAGAGCCAAGUGGUCCUAUAUCUGUUUCAAGUGCCAGCACUUUAUUGGAGUACUGCAUGAUGACAGGAUUUGACUGGUGGGAUGUACUGGUAUCAUUAAGGCCGGAAAUAAUUGAUGCUGUGUGUGAAAGAUUCUCAGAAAAUUUUAACCGCCAGUCUGCACCCAUACAGCAAUUCUAUUAUAUUAAACAGCUGAACAUUAAGACAUCCUUGUACAGGUUGUCAAUGAAUGGGCAGUCAAAAGCAGCUGAUCUCACAUCUCUACUUAUGUUGCACUCUGUUGCAACAGCAUUUAAAUCAUUAUUACGACCAUCUGAUCUUUCAAAUCAUGAGAAAGGUCCUGCAGAAAGCUUGGCAAAUGUCAUGACUGAAUCAAUAACAGAUGUUGAUAAAGUUUUGCUACAUUUGGAAGCAAAGGAGUUCACUGUUGAACCUAGCACACUGCAAUCACUGCAACAGCUAAUUCAGUGGGUAGCAGAUUUAGCACUUAAUCUUUUAGCAAGGCUGCCAGAGCAACGACAGGCCUCAAACAAAGGCUCUGGUUAUGAAUUAUUACGUGAUUACAAAGCACUAAAUACACUUCGUGAACUCCUGGUGAUAAUUAGAAUUUGGGGCCUGUUGAGACAGAGUUGCCUGCCAGUCUUUGUACGUAGUGCGGAGAAUCUCGAUGUUUUGGCGUUAUUAUUUAAAUUAUUGUCACGCUUGAUACAGAAUACGGAACCUGAUGAAAAUCUCAUAGAUGACUGCUGCCUGUUGCCCAGUCAAGUAAUGAUCCCUCCAUUGAACUCUCCACAGAAGCUUAUAGCCAUCACAUCACCGUUGUUUUUCUGUCAGUCUUUACCCAUACAGCUUGAAUGGGGAACAGAACCUGAUAGUCUUCUCUUUGUGCCUGAAAUAAAUCCAGUUGAAGGUGCAAUGCAAAGUGAACAAAUUAUAGAUUGUACUCGACAUACCUACUUGGGAAAACACCCAAGCGUUGUUAAACAGUGCACAAGGUGUGCUGGAGUUGCAUUCCAGCAGUUUCUAACCAGGACUGCUGCAAUAAGAGCAUGGGACAUGAGAUGGGCUCGGGAAUGCCUUUGUGGAGGCCAUUGGAGAUUACACUACUUUUCGUCCAUUUGACAACUACAUUCUAUCCUAGUCCUUCUGUUUUCAGAUCUAGCAGACAUUUUACCUUAAAACAGUUUUGCAGAUGACUAGGAAAAAAUUACUGUGUUAUUUUAACAAACAGAAUAUGUGCAUUUGAUUGCACACACGGACACACACCAAAACAACACUGAGUGUUGUAAUCUAUAAAAAACUUGAUGAUGCUGGUACUUACCACAGCACUAAGUGCUUUUUAUUAAAACUGAUGUUUCUACAGUUUUACAGUAGAAACAUUUUCAAGCGUAAUAUUUCUAUUAGUGUACAUAAAUGCUUUUUAUUAUGUAGUUGCAUUUGUUUUUAACAUUUCAGUUAUGGGAAUGGAGUAGCUGCGUAGCACAGCAUUAUGGGUACAGCCAUGGUAUCUAUUCCAUACACAUACUGAAAUCAUUUUAUGUCUUACACCACAAUAAGCAAACAUUCCUGGGAUUUUGUAAUUGUUCUAGGAAACAAUUGCUAUUGUGUAUUAGUGAACAAUAUCUGUUAUGUACAUAUUACAUACAUUGUUUAUAGGAUUUGAUUGUGAUUUGUUCACACUUUUAUACUAUAUAGAUUAUUGCUGCCUUCAUUUGUGUAGGUGGUCCAGUAGAACACCAUUAAUUUAAAACUUAACCUGUGCUCAGGGAAUAAACUGCCAUUGCUUGUAAAUAUAUAUUUUAGAUAGGUCUGUUGUUUAUAAAUAAUUUUUCAUCUCAAUUUUUCUUAUUAACUCAUUCUUAAAUAACCUGGCAAUCUUAGCAGUCCAUUUUUCAUUGGGUGCGCCUUGAAAGGCAAAUGAACUAGCAGAUGUUUGUCUGCUUGUGUGAUUCUAAAUAUGUUAGACUGAACACCUACUGCCAGAAGUGACCUUACAAUGGUUUCUCUUUUGCUGAAACUGUUAAAUGACUUAAAUGAUUCACCAAUUUUAUUGUAAUUCAUAAUGAAAGUGUCAUUGUUCUUGAGUGUUAGUGAGUGCUGCGGCAAUACCCAUUACUUUUUAAACCAAGGCACUUAAUAGAAGUGUCUAAUUAUUGUCCUCUUUCAGCUUGUUAGCCUAACUCAGAAGUGUUUUAGUUUAUUUCAUGUAAUAUGUAACCUUGUGUGAAGUCUGAAAUAACUUUUCUUUGGCAUAUCUCAGAUAUGCAGAACAAUUGUAGUUGAGAGAGAAUAAGGUAUAUGAUCUCACAAUAAAUUUAAACCAGAUACCUUAUUCAUUGUUCAUAGGAAACUUUAUGGCAAGACCACUUCAAUCAUUAAAUGAUAGUAAAAAUAUACAGUGGGAUAUUUCCAUUACUUCAUAUACCACUCUGUUUUCUUGGUGAUUUCCUUGUGCUUUGAAAGCAUAAAAGUUUGUACUUAAUAUUUAGUAAAUUGAUUCCAUCAUCCAAGUUUUAUUUUUGCAUAACCUGGAUUUUAAUUUUUUAUGUUAACUUUUUAAUUUGAGUGAGUAGGUCAUGUACUUCAAUUUACAUAAAUUACUUCUGCAGCUCUCUGUAUUCACCCCUGAAAAGAAGGCUUACACUGUAUGUACGCAUUGAGUAAUACUAGCAGAGUGUGAGCUGCUGUUUGAGGUUUUUGUGAUGUAAUAACUGCUCGAAUGGUUCGUAGGCAUCAAGUCUGAUUGUGUUGUGAAAACUGCGCAGUAUUUCCAUGAGUCAGCUACGUAUUAGCUUAAGGUGCUUACUGACAUAUUGCUGUUUUGGCUAGCCAACGUAUGUGGUAGCUAACUAGAAAAGCACAGGCACCAAGAGAUGGGGCUGUAACAAUAUCAUAGAUGAAUUUUAGGGAUAUUGAUGCCCAGAGCCAUGUGCAUGGUCUCCACAUGGGCAGCACAAGAAAAGCACAGCUGCAAGGCACUGAUCUAGUGUACACAUGGGGACAAUAUGUCAGGGCGCAACUUAAAUCUCCUGCUUUCCGUUCUCCAUCUGUGCUGAUUCAUUGGAUUGGUUUGUCUGCAGCUGAUGAUACCUUAGUACUGCCAAUGCUGACUCCAUGCUUUGCUAAGUUGAAAUCCCAUAUCUCUGCUGAUCAGAUCAUUACUUAUGUUUAUGUAUUUUGACUGCUUCUUUCCCAACACUAUCCGAUGUAAUGCCCAUGAACAAUGCAAACAAAGUGUGAGCUGUUUAUAACAUGAUUACCAAGCUGUGUAUUUCAAAAUCUACAUUUGAUUUGUUCUUGGUUUGUGUCCAAUUACCAUGUCAUUUUACAUUUCAGUUUAAUAUUUGGGAUUUAUUUUCACUAUCAAAUACCAUUUUGGAUAUAUAUGUACUUAAUUAAUAAGAGAUAGCAAAAAAGUUAGCUCUAAAUUUUGUGUGCCUAAACAUGAAAUUAGUCAGUCUCAUUGUGUUGGACAUCUUUAAACAAAGCAGAUUAAAACAAAAUGUGAUGGUAAAUACUGUAGCCCAUGCAACAUUUUGUAAAUUUGUGGUAUAUUUUAUUUUUGAGAGGCUCCUAACUACAGCCCAUGAUGCAUUACUGGGCUGUGAGCACUUUCAGAAAAGUAAAUAACCACAUAUCUGUAAAAGUGAGAUUCCAAGUAAGGAAAAAAAUUACUUACUGAUCUCAGAAUAAUUUAACUGCCAAAUUAAACACAACAGAAAGUAUCGUCAUUCUUAUGUUAUUUUGCUGUAAUUCAGCUGAAACAGUUGUAGAAAAGUUUGUAUAUAUGGAGUAAACAUUAAAAUACCCCUAUAUAACAAUGAAAAGAAGUGCCAACUGUCAAUAUUUUAUAAAAUUACUUUUUUUAUUCAAGCAGCGACCAGUUUGUCACCUGUGACACUCUCCAAAUAGCUGCAUCCAUGUGUUAUACAAUAUGUGGCACAAUGUUGGUGUUACAAACAUAUCACCAAUGAUCUAUGAGAAAUAAUUUAUUUGUCUUUGUUAGAGUCACAUUCAGUGGAUAAGAAUGGGGAAAACAAGAUUAUAUUUACAUGAACAACACUUGCUAGAUCAUAAUGUAUUCCACAGUUACUGCUUCCACACACACAGCUUCUGUGACUCACAAAAGAAAAACCGUAUUUCAUUUGAAGGAAAUAUGCCUUAUUAGGUUGAUAACCUCUUUUGGAAAUCUGCUGUUACUCUAAGGUUUAACAUAAACAGUAAGAUUUUAAAGAUUUCUCAAUAUUUAGUUUAAUAAUCCAAUUCUGAAUCAAUGAUAUGUAAACUCCAGUGUGACUCAUGUCCCAACUUUUACAUUGGUACUGAGCCAGGU